AAAAAAAAAAAAAAAGGGAGAGAGAAAAAAGGGAGAGAGAGAGAAAAAAGGGAGAGAGAAGGAGAGAUUGCCUUGCCUUCUAAUUUCUCCCUCUCCAGUCACAGAACAAUGUCGAUGAGCCCUAAGCAUACGACUCCUUUUUCUGUUUCCGAUAUCUUGAGUCCCCUCGAGGAGAGCUAUAAGAAAGUAAGUAUGGAGAACAACAACUUGGGGGCACCUCUCACUUCUUACCGGCAGCCGCAGGUCUCUCAGGCGGCGAUGCAGCAGCACCACAUGGGUCACAACGGGACKGUGUCUGCGGCGUACCACAUGACGGCGGCAGGUGUUUCUCAGCUCUCCCACUCUGCCAUGGGGGGCUACUGCAACGGCAACCUGGGCAACAUGGGGGACCUGCCGUCUUACCAGGACGGCAUGCGGGGCAGCGCCACGGCCACGGGCUGGUACGGAGCCAACCCAGACCCGCGUUUUUCCACCAUUUCUCGCUUCAUGGGCUCGUCGUCGGGCAUGAACAUGGGCAGCAUGGGCAGCCUCAGCUCCUUGGCGGAUGUCGGCAAAGGCAUGGGCUCCCUGUCCAGCACCCCGAGGAGGAAACGGCGCGUGCUUUUCUCCCAGGCGCAAGUCUACGAGCUGGAGCGGCGCUUCAAGCAGCAGAAGUACCUGUCGGCUCCGGAGAGGGAGCACCUGGCGAGCAUGAUCCAUCUCACCCCGACCCAGGUGAAGAUCUGGUUCCAGAACCACCGCUACAAAAUGAAGCGCCAGGCCAAGGACAAGGUGUCCCAGCAGCAGAUGCAACAGGACAGCGGCUCGUGCCAGCAGCAGCAGCAGCAGCAGCAGCAGCAGUCCCCGCGCAGGGUGGCGGUGCCGGUGCUGGUGAAGGACGGCAAGCCGUGCCAGGGCAGCGGCCACACGCCCACCUCCUCCGCGCAAACACACCACCAGCAAGGCGGCAACGUCAUGAUCAUGUCCAACAAUACGUCCGGCCUCGCGCAGCACCAGGCCCAGCAGGUGGGGGGUCACUCCCCGGACUUGGCGCAGCACUCCUCCAGUCCGCCGUCCCUGCAGAGCCAGGUGGCCGGCCUCUCCCACCUCAACUCCCCCGGCGCRGAGUACGGCUCGGCCCUGCAGUGCUCGGCCCUGCUGUACGGCAGGACGUGGUGACAAGAGGAGCCUCUCAUUUAAAUGACAUUCUAUAAAUAACAGAAGAAGAUGAACAGGAGGAAGAAAAACGCAAUUUCUGUCAAGACUCGACAGGUUUUAUUGUAAAUGCGCGCGUGUGAACAGAAAGCGGAGUGAAACCGGUUCUUGAAGCCGACUCGCGUGGAACAAACUCUCCCACGAACUGCGGACGUGUGGAAUUAAUUUAUGUAAAUUAUAUCGAGACUAAAACACGAUUUAUUAGUCAAAUAGAUGUGAGGGGGUGGGGAGGGACACCGAACCGGACCGGACUGCUGUGUGACAGGCGCUGUGCCCCCCCCCCCCCC